AAAGUGGGACUUGCCUCUGGGAGGCAGUGGGGAAGGGGCCUGUUUCAAACCUCAUCGCAGCUGCCUGGUGCAGGGUGAACUGGGGGCAGAGAUGGAGGACGGGAGCAGUGACACUGGGCAGAGACCUAGAAAGUGGAUGAACUGAAUUAAGGCCUGGCAGGGUGAUAGAGAAGUUUAGGUGCAACCCAGGCAGGCCUCAGGACCAGUUGUGGAUAGGAAGAGGUGGCAUCUCGGAGGCAAGGGAGGUGAAGGAUAAGGGGUGUGGUGGUAGGAACCGUGAGCGUCCUGAACUCAUGGUUCCAGGCAGGGGUGAACCUUGGCAGGGAUAGUUGUGUCUGGGACACAGAAAGGAAGGUGGCGAGAAGUCAGUGUGUGGGCUCCAAGCACAAGGAGCAGAAACACUGAAGGAGACUCGAGCUGGUCAGCCUCAGGGGGCUGCUCAGGACCAGGAGGCAGGGUUGGAAACAUGGGACUUUGCUCUCUGGACUGAAGUACCUCAGCAGUUAGAGGGGGUUGGGCCUGCCAGAUCUGCUGUCUUAGAAGCAACUGGGCUUCCAAAGUGCAGGUUCUGAUCCCACAGGUCUGGGUGGGGACCGGGGUUGGUUUUUAAAGCUUUGGGCUCAGGGCCUCUGCAGGGAGCCCGGUCCCCAUUACAUUAACGGGGCUGGGCAGGAAGCAAAGGGCCCCACAGCUUUGCCUUAGGCCUAUGGAGGGACUCUGCAGCACAGUCACAUGGCAUUUAUUCAUUCAACAAAUAUUUAUUGAGCGCCCAUCGAGUGUCCCAUGCUGGGCAUCCUGUAGUCCCUGCCUUCCAGAAGCUUCCACUCUAGAGGAGGUCCCAGGCUUUGCCACCUAACUUGAAAUCCCUCUGUCCAGCCUCAGGGGUGAUGGCAGGGCCUACUGUGUGCCAGCCUUGGGCCAGGCUGUUCUAGCUGUGGGGACUAAGCGGGAAAUUCCUCAGAGUACUCCCCCCAGGGGAAUCUCGGAGCUGGCCAGGGCUGAGUAGCCACUCUGGGCUCUUCAGCAAACCCACCCGGGACCACUGAGAUGGAGAGACACUGCGUGGUGGUGGUGGCAGGAGGCAGGGAGGAGGCUAAGUGGGAAUGGGUGGGGGCUCUGGGUGGUGAGGAUUCAGUGACUGUGACCUCUGCUGAGGGCCUACUGUGUGCCAGACCUUGGGCACAUGUAUUUACCUUACCUCGCAUAUGAGGAAACAGGCCCACAGAAUUAAGUGGUGUGUCCACCUAACAAUAGGCAAGGUUGUGAUUUUAACUGAGAGCUAACUCCAAAGGUCUGUGGCCUUAACCAUUUGGACAGUGACACUAGAACAAGAUGUUGUUUGGCACCUGUUGGCCUAUAGUGUCAGUAAAAUCAAACAAGUGAAAAACCUCAAUGUGGAGGUUUCUGGCCUAGUCCAGAGCUGGUGCUGACGCUGAGCCCUGGAACUAAUGCCCUUUGUGAGGUGGCAGUGGGUUCCAUCCUCCUGCUGGGGGAAGGGCAGGCAGAAGCCGGCAUCUGGGACCUGAGUAGGAGAUGGUUUUCACCAUGCUGGGGUACCCCAAGGCGGGGCUGAGUCUCUUCCUCCUCUACCUCGUCCUGGCAACUGCACUCCUUCACCCCCAGCCACUGAGGCCUCGGCGAUCCAUUCCUGAAGAAUUUUCAGCUCCCCUGGAACUCUCACAGCCACUGCCCGGCCUGGUGGACGACUACGGAGUCCGACCCAAGCACCCCUGGCCACAAGGGCCUCGACCCCUCCUCUCCCAGGCCCAGCAGCGCAAACGGGACGGGCCAGACAUGGCUGAGUAUUACGAUGACGCACACCUGUGAUGGGAACCCCUUAUAAAGCUAUUCUGUGCAGCAAAGCCUUGGGCCUUCCUGGAAUGGAAACGAGCCAGGCAUAGGAGGGGUCCAAGUAGAUACACCCACUUCGGUCCAGACAGGAAAUGGCACUUUAAUAGUUGUGGCUAGGGUGACAGGACCAAGAUGGGGCUACAGCCGAAGCAGCCAAGAGGCCCGGCUAGCCCCAGGCCAGUCUGGAAGCCUCCUUUUCCUGCCGGAGCAGCAGGGUCCUGCUGCAGCUCUCUCCUUCCCAGGAGGCCCCACGCCUGC